AUGUCUUCUCCUUUGAAGAUUCUUAUCAGCGGCGGUGGAAUCGCUGGAGGCUGCCUCGCCUUCUGGCUAGUCAAACUCGGCCAUGAUGUUACCGUGGUGGAAUGGUUCCCUACUCUCCGCGCUACAGGACUUCAAAUCGACCUCCGAGGACACGGCAUUGAAGUCUUGAAGCGUAUGGGCCUCGAAGAGGGAUUCCGCGCCAAAUCGGUUCCUGAGCAAGGCCUCCAGUUUGUCGAUAGUUCCGGCCGAAGGCGAGGCCACUUCCCGAUGAACCACUCGGGAAGUGGAGCGCAAAACUUUACCUCCGAGUAUGAGAUCAUGAGAGGAGAUUUGUGCCAUCUCUUCUACGAUGCCACCAAGGGCCGUGCCAAGUACAUCUUUGGCACUUCCGUGGAAAGCUUCGACCAGAAGAACGGCGGCGUAGACGUACGCUUCAAGGACGGCAAGACGGAACAUUUCAAUCUAUUGGUCGGUGCCGACGGCCAAGGAUCACGUACGCGCAAGAUGAUGCUAAAGUCCGAAGCCUCUGACGGCUUUUACCCGCUCAGGGGUAUUCACGCCUCUUACUUCACAAUACCCCGAUCAAUAGAGAAGGGUGAAGAGUACUAUUCGACGGCUUAUUUCGCGACCAACAGCCGGAUUGUAAUGACUCGACGACACAGUCCAGAAGCGAUCCAGGCGUACACUUUCUUCACAUCUCAUGACGAAGAAUUCCAGAACGCUCGACGAACCCACGGAAAGGAAGUAAAGAAUGUUGUUGUCAAGACGUUCAAGGGCGCAGGAUGGCAAGUGGACCACCUCCUGGACGCGAUGAUGGACUCCCAAGACUUUUACUGCGAGCAAAUCGGCUUGGUCAAGAUUGACCACUGGUCCGAGGGGCAUGUCGCCCUUGUCGGAGACGCGGCGUACGGACCAUCCUCCAUGACGGGCAUGGGCACAACUUCGGCAAUUGUCGGCGCCUACGUCUUGGCUGGAGAGAUCGGUAAACACUGCGGAUCUGAACGCGGCCAAGAUGGCAUUGAAACGGCUCUACACGAGUACGAAAGAAAGAUGCGGCCUUUCAUGGAUCAAGUGCAGGAGGGCAUCACAGAUGACGCUUUUGUUUAUAAGCUGUGGCCGACGGGACCCAUUGGGAUGACAAUCUUGUACUGGAUUAUUGGAAUUGUUUCUUUCUUCCACAUGAACCUUGGGAAGUGGGUUCUAAAGGAGAGUGCGGUGAAGUGGAACUUGCCGGACUACAAGGAGUUGCUACUUUGA